GUCGGGUUCAGUUUGAAAAGACACCGUCAUUUUCCCCUUAAAACUGCAAACGCAAAGAUAAAAUCUGGGACACGUAAGGAACAUUUAUUUACCCCAAGCGGUGUCGGUCUGUGCCUCUGCUGUCUCUAGUCAAACAUAGCGCUUUCGUUCGUUCCGCGGUUUUGUUGAACUGUGAAGUUAAAGUGAAGUGUUAGUGGAGUAAAGUAAAGUUAGUGGAGAUGAAUCGCACGGAUCAUGUACAGUGAAAGUACGCAGUGUUUGAGCUAGUCCGUGUUUGUGUAUAUGUGUGUGUGUGUGUGUGUGUGUGUGUGUGUGUGUGUAAACCCAGCCUCCUUCUUUACAUAGACACAGCAACGUUUACCUGAAACCAUUACCUGUGUGAAGCGCACCUGGACGGGCUUAGACGAACGUGGAUUUUAACAGGAGAAAAGAAAGACAGUUUUGGAAGUAUAGGACGUGACUGGGGGAUGUAUUAUCAAUUCUACGAACUGAUCUAGAGUCUUGAUUUUUGAUUCUGAGGGUUUCUGUGAUCCAGAUCUGAGAAAUAUCAUGUCAAAAUCCUCAGAUCAAUUUGACAGCUCGGACUGUGUGUGUUCUUUCGGGAUGAAGUUGACUUGGGAUAUAAACGACUCCAAACUUCCACAGGACACAAAGCAGUAUGAUGUGUUCCAGGAGUGGACGGAUGGAUAUGUGCGUUAUAUCUACAGCAGUGAGGAUAAAAAUGCACAGAGACACCUAAGCGGAUGGGCCAUGAGAAACACAAAUAAUCACAACUGUCAGAUCCUGAAGAAGUCUUGUCUUGGUGUGGUGGUAUGUUCACGGAACUGCUCUCUCCCAGAUGGGACCAAACUUCAGCUGAGACCGGCCAUCUGUGAUAAAGCUCGACAGAAACAACAGAAAAAGCUUUGCCCGAACUGUAACUCAGCUCUAGAGUUGAUUCCGUGCCGAGGUCACAGUGGAUAUCCAGUCACCAAUUUUUGGAGAGUUGACGGAAAGGCCAUUUUUUUCCAGGCUAAAGGAGUCCAUGACCACCCCAGACCAGAGAGUAAGUCUGAAACAGAGGCAAGAAGGAGUGCAGUAAAGAGACGGUUGUCUUCACCUCACUUCUCACAGAAAAGAAGACUGGUGGAGCCAGAGCCUGGGCGCUACCAUGACAUGGCCUUCCCAAAUAUCCACCAGCUCACCAUGGAGGGUCCAGACCGCUUCAGCAUCAUUGCAGAGUCCAACUUCCCAAUCCAGACCCAACACUACCCUCCGUUCCAGAACCCAGAGCCCUACAAGUUCCCCUACGACACACAUGCCGCUGCGGCCAUGGCCGAUGCCCCAGGCUCACUGCAGAAGCCUGCCAACCACCGUCUGUAUAUGACUCGCCCCCCUUGUGGCUAUGAUUUUGCAGUCCCAGGAUACCUUGGCUCAAGCCCUUAUCCAGCAGCACUGUACAAGGACCCUACUAACCCACAAUCUGAGACGGAACCUAAUAAAUCUGGGCCCUGUCUAAGUGGGGUCUCUCAUGGCACGAGCCCAUUAGCCACCCACGAGCGGAGCUACGCAGACACCACGGGAAAACAUCACAGCUGGAAGCAGAUUCUUAGUAAAGGUGUUUACGGGGAGCGAGUAGACUACCCUCAGCUGCCGACCAAUGGCAACCACCACUACUACAACAGCGACUACCCGUGUAGGUACACAGGACCCACUUCCGCUACCCCGGCAGCUCUCCAGACCAUAAUAACCACAACUACAAAAGUGUCGUACCAGCCAUGCCCCAAGCCAUCUGUCGUCAAGCAUGGAGAGAACAUCUAUGACGUAAAAUGCCUGUCUAACUGUAACUCAGUCUUGGAAGAGGCAACUCCCAACUCUCCCUACUCUGACCUGAAGAUUCCUGAGGAUUCCGGAGUGAUAAAAUCUGCCCUGUCAUACCAGGACACUCUCCCAGCUAAAACUGAGAGGGCAGAAAACUUUGAGGGCUAUCGCUACAGCAGCUACAGCUCAAAUAGUUACCCUGAACGGAUGUCACAUCCAUUUAGGUAUGAAAGUGGAGAAUAUUGAAGGACUGCAAUGAGAAAUGAAUAGAUGACAGUAGACAAAACCCCAUGGCAAGAUGUGUCAGACUUUAAAUAUAGACCUGAAACUUACUCUAUGCAAAUACAUGAAUGCAAACUCUUCAAGCUAUGCAAGCUUGAUUUCAUGUAUCAUUGCACUCUGACCUGCAAUUCAUAAUGCAAUGCAAGCACAAGUUUGAUUCUCAGCUUGGCCUCAAGGGGCAGCAUUAGCACAAAUUAUUCUUAUUUGAAAUUUUUUUCCUUUUUCUUUUCGUUUUAGGUCAACUACUGUCAUGGUGGAGCAACAUUUUGAAGACUUGCUGAGCAAGUUAGUUAAUUUAGAAUUAGUUAACAGUUUUCUUUAGUCGAUGAACAAAUCAGUGUUGUUGAGCAAGUUUUUAAGUUAACAAAUUGUUCUCUUUAACUUACACUGAUUCUCAUUUCUGGUACACUGACUGAAGUCUCUCCCUUUCAAAGACAAUGAGCUCUAGUAUCAAGUGACUGCUUUGGUGGCUUUUCUUGCAUGUAAAGAUUGACUAUAGCAUUUGAGUGCGAGCUGUAAAGGAUAUUUAUUUGUUUGACCCUCUGAAUGAAUACACACCUUCACUGAACCAGGCGGUGACUUGAAACGAAAUUAGAUAUAUUGGUGGUGAAUGAGCUGAAUGUACUGGUGCACUUGUUGCUGAAUGGUAGUAAUGAAUCUGAGAUUGCAGAACUGAACAUAUAACACAUCUCCUCUAGUUUGUGAACGAGGAUCUGUUGACUGAAUGAAUGAGAUGAGGUAUGUCGUACAUUAAGUUAGGCAAUCUCGUUCAACAAGAAGAGAAAGGGCCUGAAUGAAUUAUAAAUGUGACUGAUGACCAUGCAUUAAAAUGAUAUUAGGAUGUUAUUGAAACUUAUUUACUUAUUUUUUGCUAUUUUUGUUGUCUAUUUUUAUAUAGUAGCUUGAUUAAAGUCAUGCUCAGCUAUUAAUAAAAUCAUAAAUAGGCCUAAAUAGGCCUAUGCUUUGUUGUAAUUUGUGGGGGAAACGCUUAUGAUGCUUAAAAACACAGCUGAAAUCUCUUAGUAGAUUUGUAGAAGCGAAAAUUUUAAUAAAGAAUAAUUAGACUUGUUUCAGUCAUGAACGACUCAGUGCUUUUGGUUCAAUGACUCACUCAAAACACAUAAAUGAUGCUCAUUUGUCACCAUCUACUACCACAGAAAUGGUCAAUGUCAAUAAAUAAGUGAAUUAACAAAUCGUUUUGGUGAACAGAUUCAAAAGAAUCGAGAUUAAUAAAUCCACUAUUACUUCAACUGUCAAAAUAACUACCUAAAUAAUAACACAUCCGGUUUAAUAACACAGACAUUUACAGCCCCCUUGAGUACUGAAGUUUGCCACCACCACAGCAACGCAUGAGCGCAAUGUACAACAGGACUGCAAGCUUAUGAUAUGAUGGCCAAACAUUCACGUCUGUGGUCACAUAUUUUGUAAAGUAUGUUUCUGGCCAUAAAAAUGUGUUGUUAUUUAUAUUCAGUGUUUGAUCUGUUUACAUGUCUUUAGUUUAAAAGUCAUUGUAGAUUCCUGGUGUAUUUUUGUGUAAAUCUUUGAUCUAUAUUAAUGAAAUACAGUGAAAUCAGUGUUGAGUACAUUUGCAGAUACACGAGUAAUGUGUUUGAAAGCCAUGAUUGGUGACUAGCUGUUGUCUUAGAAAGACAUAAAAAAAACAGUGUGUCAAGUGAGAAUUGGGGUAAGAAUUGUUUCUUUGUUCUGUUCAUUAAAAAAGGUCUCUCU